UGCACUUUGGGGCAGGAGAUCACGAGAGUGGACCCUUUAGCUCUGCUCUCAGGAACCCUCAGAACCUUCCAGCGAACAGGGUGCGGCGACGACAUGGUGACCCUGAAAUGCCCUCACGGAACCAGCAUAAGCAUCCAGAUAGCCCAAUACGCCAAAAACACGGCCUCCAGAACCCUUUGUCCGGACCUGGUGCCCUCCACAACGACUUCUACAUCGGUCAUAAAUAGUGGAGGCGUCCUGACGGGCUCGAAAAAUAUUAUAAUCGCCACCGAAAGCAGCGAUAGAAGUGACGAGAAGGUCACCAAUGUUACUGGAUAUUCACUCCUCCAAACAGUAGUCGAAGCCUGUCAGAAAAAACGUCAAUGCAAAUUUCCGACGUCUCCAAAAGCUUUUGGAGGCGAUCCUUGUCCAGGUUUGAGGAAAUUUGUGGAAGUUGCCUACAAAUGUAGACCAUAUGAGUUUAGGAGUAAGGUUGCUUGUGAGAAUGACGUCAUUCACCUGAAAUGCAACCCUAAUUCUAGAAUUGCAGUAUAUUCGGCGAGUUAUGGAAGAACCGAGUACGAGUCCAUACAAUGUCCGCAGCCUCAAGGAGUCCAAGAAGAAACUUGUCUAAUGAGCUACGCUACAGAAACCGUCAUGCAGAUCUGCCACGGAAAACGGCGCUGCACUCUAUCGGCAGACGCCGCCACUUUUGGCAACCCCUGUCGACCGCAAUCUCGGAUGUACUUGAAGGUUGUCUACACCUGCGUUCCGAGAAAAGUCCUCAAAGACCGCUACGACGGUCCUCCUGAAGAGGACGAACCUCCAAUGAGCGAAACGUUGGACGAAGACGACGACUUCUACGACGAAGAUCAGUUUUUCAGAGAAUCUGCUGCGAUACCACCAGCUCCUAAUUUGUUGCCGGGAGCUGGAGGACAGAAUGUAGCCAGUGGUGGUGCCCCUGGGCAAAGUGGUAAUCAGCUGUCUGCUGAUGGAGCAGCUGCUGGAGGCGGUUCUGGAGCUGUCGGAGGUGGCGGUUUGGUGGUUACAACUGGUAGACCGCCGCCUGGAGCAAGGAGGAAGAAUAUUGCACAAGUUACUCAUUCUCACCAUCGUGAAUAUUUGUCAAUUUUCAAAGAAGAUUUUGGAUAUACCAGUUCUUGUAGAGUGUUGUGA